GCGUUUGAUAUCCGAUACCGACAUACGACAUAUUGCAAAACCGGCCUUGUUCUUUGGCGUUGCCGCGUUUUGUGUGCAGGAACUAACCCAGGCUUUCAGGCUUGAAUCGUUCGUGCGUACAGUGGUCGCGUCAUUCAUCGAAGUUUACUGAGGCAGGUGAACGGGGAACGAGACAAGUCUCUCGAGAACAAAGUUCGUGUAUCACGGCAAUUUACAAAUUCACACAGAAAUGUCUGAGUCAGAUCUCUUAGCUACUGAUCAUAUUGAUGGUCUGGAUGGUCUUGAAAAUGGUCAAGAUGGAGAUGCUAUUAUGCAAUGUGAUGGUGUAAAGCGUGAAAUAAAUGAAGCAAAUGUUGACGAUCCUGAGUUGGAGGCUAUAAAAGCAAGAGUUCGAGAAAUGGAGGAAGAAGCUGAGAAAUUAAAACAACUUCAAUCUGAGGUGGAUAAACAAAUGAACAUGGGUAGCCCACCUGGUAUCACAAGCCCUUUAAACAUGUCCUUGGAGGAUAAAAUGGAAGUUGAUAAUCGAUCUAUUUAUGUUGGCAAUGUUGAUUAUGGUGCUACUGCAGAAGAAUUAGAGCAACAUUUUCAUGGUUGUGGCAGUGUGAAUAGAGUAACAAUUCUCUGUAAUAAAUUCGAUGGUCAUCCUAAAGGUUUUGCUUAUAUUGAAUUUGCUGAACGCGACUCAGUACAAACAGCUAUGGCUAUGGAUGAAUCUAUGUUUAGAGGACGUCAAAUUAAAGUAAUGCCAAAAAGAACAAAUAAGCCUGGUUUCUCUAUGACAAACAGGGGUCCCAGAGGUGCCCGGGGUUAUCGAGGUAUGACUAGAGGAAUUAUUCGCGGUAGUGCAUAUUAUGGAUACAGACCUACAAGGCGGCCUAGGACUUACAGACGCGGAUAUUAUAUGCCAUAUUGACCAUUUUAAAGUACGACGACAUUCUACAAAUAUCAAG